UGCAAGGUGCAGGUACUCUUUCUAUUGUGCUCCACUGAUGUAAUACGAAUAAAACGCUGAAAAAAGAUGCAUUCAGACGCGAGAUUGCUGAAUCCGUUUGAAAUUAUAGUAGGAACGUAUGAGCAAUAUUUACUUGGCUACAAAGUGCACAACAUCGUAAAUGAGUAUAAAAUAGAGAAAAGCUUUGCAACUCACAGCCAUGUUUCAAGUAUACGUGCUGUCGCCAGUAGUAAAUACUAUCUAGCUUCAGCUGGUGCCGAUGAAACGGUAUGUCUAUACGAUAUGCGUUACAGACAAGAGUCUGGCAAAUUAAUGCAUCAUAAAGAUACUAUCAAUUGCAUUGCAUUUACUCCAGAAGGCUCGCAUUUAUUCGCUUGCAGUAAUGACGGAAGUAUAACUGCUGUUCGUUGUGGCAAUUGGCAACUAGAGAAAGUCUGGCCGACCGCACACAAGGGCUCAGCUGUCAAUACUCUGGCUAUUCAUCCGACAGGGAAGCUAGCUCUGUCCACUGGAGAAGACGGCGUGCUUAGGACAUGGAAUCUAAUCAAGGGCAGACCAGCUUAUGCCAUUAACUUGGUAUCCAAACUGAAAUCUAGCGCUAAAUGGAUAACUAUUAUUAAAUGGAGUCCGAACGGUGAAAAAUAUCUGAUAGCUGUCAAUGGAAGUAUCUAUAUUUAUUCUGUAGAAUCGGCUGGAAUAGAUAAGGAACUCACAUUUGACUCGAAAGUUAUUUGCGUUGAGUUCUUGAAGGACGAUUUAAUCGCAGUCGGUUUCGAGAACGGGGAUAUAAAGUUUUGUGAUCUUAGAACCUCUCUGCAUACAAUGAAUACGAAGGCGCAUAGCAUGAGAGUGAAAUGUAUCGCACAUAUGAAUGAUCUGUUGGUUAGCGCCUCUAGUUCCGGAGAGAUCAAACUUUGGAGAUAUAACAGACAUAGUUUGGAUAUGUUGCAAACCGUUAAUUGUGGUGCCAGAAUUACUUGCCUGUCUUUAGCACAAACAUACAAAGAUUUAGUGCAGAAGGAAGAAGUUAAAUCGGACGAAGAAAAGGAAAUAAAAAAGACGAAUAGGCUCAGAUUGAAGCAGGAAGUUAUUAUUAUUGAAAAUGAAGAGGAUUUAGUCGCAAAUAUUAGAAAUCCUAAAGAAAGAACGCAAGAAAAGAAAUAUAAAAAGAAGAGAACUCUGGAAGAUGCUCAAGAUAAUAUUCAGCAUUCAAAGAAGAAAGUUCUAAAAGUAAAAGAGGCUGUCGUUUCAAAGAAGAAGAGGGAUAGGUCGUCACAGAUGGAAGAUGUUAUCGAUAAACCUAAGAAGAAAAAGAAAUUCUUAAAAGCGAACGAAACAAAUCCUUCUAAUAAAAAACGGAAAGAGAAUUCUGCAUCGCACAUCACUUCGUCAGUGAAGAAGAUUAAAAAGUCGAAUAAAAUUGAAGAACCAUCUUUCUCUCGCAAAAAACACAAAGUAAAAUUAUCAAUGACAGAUGAAGACGCUCCACCUAGAAAGAUAAAGAAAAAAGCAAAUUCGGGGAAAGGAGUUGUACCAAAAAAGAAAAAGAAGAAAAUAACAGGAUAAAUUAGGAUUCAAUUGUGAGA